CAGCUCCUUUAUCGAGACGGUGCCUACUCAGUCUCAUUCCCUUGGCCGCUCUCCGCCGUCGCUGGGCCACUUCUCUUACUCUUUCUCUCUCUCUCUCCCCUCUAUUUCUCGGCCGGCCUGUUGGCUGUGUGACGGCUUCGUCCGCCCUCUGCUGCUGCUGAGCUCUUCAUUUUGCCUCGCCUGGACUGAAUUCUGAACAAACAGGUCGUUUCCGGUGCUUAAGAUUCUUGGUCAAUGACUCUGCUUGAGACUAUAGCCAAGGCUUCGGCCGCCCGAGGGCCAGAUGAUUUAGCUACUGAGUUCCCGAUCGUGUUGAAUCCAGACUGCAGUCUUCUCAAGCCAAAAAACGAGGCCCCUAACCCUGCAUCGCUUGCUAAUCCCAUCAUGGGCUGGCAAUUCUCUAAGGCCGACUCCAAAAUCAUGGAACUAGUCAAAGGUUUCUCCAUGACCCUCAAGCGGAAGCUCAAGGACACGAACAGAUUCAAUGGGAAGGAGUUCCUCAGCAUUCUUAAUCCGUUCCUUGAGAAAGUGAGGGGGGCAGUUGGUACUGAAAAGAUCAGGGUUGAUAGAAAUGAUCCAGCAUACACGCGGGUGUUGAUGGAGAAUGUGGGAUUCCUUAUGGGCAAAGAUUUGACGGGAUUGGUUCUUGAGGCCUGUGUAGCUUUCGAACUGUGGGAGUUGGUGUCUUCCAUGAUUGCCUUCGGUAUUGUCGAGCGCUCUUUCUACCCGAAUUUGGUAUUGAAUAUUGUUGCCAAGAGGAGGUCCGAUUUGAUUGUUCUCUGUAUCAGACAUGCCUCGGAUCUCAAGUCGAUGGAACUAAUCUGCAUAUUGAAGUACUUCCUCUGCCCACCUAGAGAUGCUUUUGCUACCAUGGCCAGUGUAAGGCAAGAAUGGGAAGACCAGGGAGCGCUGUCUAUUAGGAAUGCCAAAGACACAAAACUUAAUGGGGAGAAGCUGCGAUUCGAUAGGGAUGCUGCAAUUUUGCUUAUGAUAGCACUCGACAAUUUCUCCGAUCCUGAACUCUGUCUGCACUAUUUGCUCGUAUCUCCUAACAUCGAUGAAACGGUCCUUUCUUUUGCUAUCAGCAAAUUGAAUGGCGAAGAACUGACGAGCUUGAUUCGGUACCUGGGCAAGUGGUUGAGGAAGUACGAAAGGUUUCCUCAAGCGGUUCCAUGCUCGAGAGCAGCUUCAUUAUUUGGGUUAGUGGCCUGCAACUGGGUUCCCAGGCUCGAGGACGUCAUAAGAUGUAUUGGUCUGUUGCUGGAUGAGAACUUCUCAUCUCUGGUUUUGCACUCGGGGUUCCAUGAAGAGCUGAGGUCCCUGGAGAGAGUGGUCAGUCAGUUAACUGCCGAGGUGAGGCUGUGCGGUUCAAUGGCUAAUGUGGUCGAAUCUCUCCUGAAUGAAGAUAAGCCUGUGGUCGUUUAGAGGGCCUAUAUGGAUCAGUUCUCAUAUUGUCAUCGAAAGAGAUGAAGGAAUUUUGUGAUUUUUGCAGUUCCGCGAGGUACUUUUAUGUAAGGACGUGAUUUAAUGUUAUUUAGUUCUAAUUCCACACGAUCAUUUCAUAAGCA